UCUCUCUCUCUCUCUCUUCUCGCUCGGAGAAAAUGGCGGUUUCUGUUACAGCUUCGUCAACUCCGUCUUCUCUCUGCUCUGACCGCACCACUCGCUUGGCUUCCUCCUCUUUUUCUUCUUCCUCUUCUUCUCUGCAGUUCCCCGUGCAGCUCCGACGCCUUCGGAUUGGAACGAACGGCGCCUCCGCUCCUUCUCGGCAUCGGAUUCUUGCUCCGGUUGCAGCAAAGAAACAAACAUUUUCCAACUUUGAUGAUUUGCUGGCUAAUUCUGAUAGACCUGUCCUGGUUGACUUCUAUGCAACUUGGUGUGGUCCUUGUCAAUUUAUGGCUCCUAUCCUCAAUGAAGUCAGUAUUACGCUGAACAACAAGAUACAGGUGGUGAAAAUUGACACUGAGAAGUACCCAAGCAUUGCUGACAAGUAUGGAAUACAAGCAUUGCCUACUUUCAUUAUAUUUAAGGAUGGAAAACCUCAUGACCGCUUUGAGGGUGCUUUGAAUGCUGAGCAGCUAAUCGAAAGAAUUGAAACUGCUUUGAAAGUGAAGCAAUAAACCACUUCUCAAGUCACGUAGGAAAGGAAAAAAAAAGGGCAUUUGAUUAAGAAAGCAUGGGAAGAUCCGUCAUCAUCAGAUGUUCCUUUGCCUAUUUUUUGUUUGUAUCAAUUGUUGUACCGAUGAUAUCAUGAUCGAUUUGUUUGCUCCAUGUCUUACGCGGAUGAAGCUAGAUAAGACGGUUUUAUGCUGACACAUUAUUUGGGAAUUACAAACACAGUUGCUUUAGAAUUAGAUCAUUUUGCAGUCGAAUUUCAAAAUCAAGGGAUUGCUGGUAUUGUAUGGAAAGACCUGAAGCAUUGGAGCUUUACUUCGGAUUGUUUUGUUGACGACCAAGGGUAAAAAUGUUGUCUAUACAUAUGUACAGCAUAUCAAACUAAAACGUAUGACAUAGUAUAGAUGGUGGUAAACAUGCCGGUCAACGA